AUGGCAUCGAGAUACUCCGCCGCGCGGCCCCGGCGCGCCGGCGAGGCAUUUGCCCGCUCGCACCACGGCGAGGGAGGCGACGGCGGCAGCGGCGACGACGAAGGGGGCCACUCGGCUAAGAAAGUCAAGUUCGACGUGCGCAAUCCCUCGGCGCUGGCCCCCGACGCCCGCGAGGAAGACGACGUCCUCGACGCAGACGUCAUCGGCAGCGGCGCCGGUGCCACGAAGCGCGGCGCCGUCAACAUCGACGGCUACGACUCCGACUCUGACAACGACACGUUCAAUGCGCGGGCCGAGACGAGGACGGCUGGGGGCAAGGGAAAGGGAAAGGGGAGCGGUGAGGGUGACGUCAACCUCGCCGAUCAGUUGGACAACUACGACUCGCGGCUCAAAGGCGACAAGCCCAAGGCCGAUGCCGACGACGACGACGACGAUGAUGACAUGUUUGCCAUGGACGACGACGACGACGACGCCGAGGAGGCGGGCAAACCCGCCGAGGCCACGACCACGGGUCAGGGCAAGAAGGACAAGUCGGUGCGCUUCCUGGCGGACGAGGACAUCCUCGGCCAGGAGGAAGAGAGCAAGAGCGGCGGGCACAUCCGGCUCGACGACGAGCCGAGCAGCGACGAGGAGGACGCGCAGCUGGCGAUCGCGGAGGAGGCCGUCGACGAAGAGGUCGGCGCGGGGGGCCUCAAGCGGCACGCGCCGCGCAUCGACGCCUUCAACAUGAAGUCGGAGCAGGAGGAGGGCGCCUUCGACGAGGCCGGCAACUUUGUGCGCAAGGCCGCCGACCCGGACGCCGUGCACGACCGCUGGCUCGACGGCCUCAGCAAGAAGGACAUGCGGCGCGCCGCCGAGGCCCACGAGCGCCGCGAGGCCGACCGCCGGCAGCAGCGCCGCGAGGCCGACGGCGUGCAGACGGCCGACCUGCUCGCCAGCCUCAUCCGGCACCUCGAGCUCGGCGAGACCGCGCUCGAGGCCCUGGCCCGCCUGGGCCGGGCGCUGGCCAAGCACCAGCCCAAGAAGGUGCCCAAGUGGAAGCAAAAGAAGCAGCACCAGCACCAACAACAGCAACAGCACCACAAGAACGGCGGCGCCGAGGCGAUGGACGUGGACCACCGGCAGGACAAGGAGGCCGACAGCCCGCAGGUGGUCAAGAUCAAAAAGGCCAUCGACGCCAUCACCGAGGCCGCCGACGGCAUGCUCGGCAGGGACAGCCUCGACAUCUACGACAAGGAGAGGGAGAUCCUGAUGCGAGAGUACCGGAACGAGACCGGCGAGGCAUGGGUGGACCCGCCCGAGCAGGAAGAGGCCGAGGACGACGUCGCAAAGGGUUCACAGAUGUGGGAGUACAGGUGGACGGACGGCAGAGACGGCGCAGACAAACAGGGUCCCUUUGACGGACCGACGAUGAAAGCGUGGCAGGACGCGGGCUACUUCGGAGAGGGAGUCGAGUUCCGCCCUGCUGGCGAGGAGGGAGGGUGGACAAGGGUGGCGCACUUUGUAUGA